CUUCAGGUUACAGUACGCGGACAGGCAGUUCAUACUAGCACAGGGGGACACAGACAGAGCAAGUGAGCACACAAUAUGGGGGAGUGAUGGCGGCGACAGACUGCUACAUUGUGCAUGAGAUCUACAAUGGGGAGAAUGCGCAGGACCAGUUUGAGUAUGAGUUGGAGCAGGCACUGGAGGCCCAGUAUAAAUACAUUGUUAUUGAGCCCACACGCAUCGGAGAUGAGACAGCCCGUUGGAUUACAGUGGGCAACUGCCUGCACAAGACGGCCGUGUUGUCAGGCGCUGCUUGCCUCUUGACGCCACUUUCACUACCUGCUGAAUACUCGCGCUAUGUGGCGUUGCCCGCUGGCGCCCUCAGUGUGGCCUGUGCUGCCCUCUACGGGAUUUCAUGGCAGUUUGACCCCUGCUGCAAGUACCAGGUGGAAUAUGACAGCCAAAAACUCUCGCGGCUGCCCCUGCAUACACUCACCUCCUCAACGCCCGUGGUAUUGGUACGCAGGGAUGACAUCCACAGAAAGAGACUCCAUAAUACGAUAGCACUGGCUGCCCUGGCGUAUUGCGCCAAGAAGAUCUACGAACUCUAUGCUGUAUGAGUGCACUCUGAAGAUGGUAUAAGAACCAACAGAAAAAGGAAAAAAACAAACAAAAAAAACAGAACCUAUCCACCCCAGAUGUAAGAAAAGUGGAAGUCACGAUCAGGCCCAGCAGUUAGCUCCACACAUGUGGUGGGUGCUUCCAUUUUGAACUUUGAUCAGAGGGAUAUAGUAAAAACUAGAAGGAAUUGUUUAUCCCUUACAUUUCCUUUACUUCUAUGUGACAACAACAGCACAUUUAUCUCUGUAGUACCCUUGCGCCUCUUCCCCUGUGCCCUCCACCUGCAUCCUUGACACACAACAAGCUAGCGCACAAGGGUAUGGCAGCAGUUCCUCUGGACUGAAUCGUAUUGCAGUUGAAACGGACAGACAUGUUUUGAGUACCAAGCUCUUUCCCCUUUCCCUCGUAGUUUUACUGUACCCCUUUCUUGCUGAUCAGUACAUCACCCGUUCAUUAAACAUUAGGAUAUUUCAAACUCACUUUUCUGUAUUUUAUUUUACUUUUUUCAUUAAAUGGAUUCUACAUGAUGUCCAGAAAGGAGCAAAUAGCUGCAACUUUUUUGAGAUUGUGUCUUGUUCAUGUAGAUUUUCUUGUUUGAAAGAGUGCAAGUAAGAUCUUGUGUGAUAAUGAUGUGGCUCAGUGUCAUCGCUUGAGAAAAAUACUAACUUUUGAAAAGUCACAUUUCACAUACGCUUCUAAUAAUGUAUAUUAGAUUAACAACAAGCCAAUCUCUCUUAAUAGAAGAUUAAAAAUAGAAUCUAGUUGAACCUAUAGACAAGAAUUUUACAGCUGAUUUCUAAAUUCACACUUUCUUGGUUCUGUUUAUUCAAUGGUGCUUGUCAUGUGUUGCUGUCUAUAUCAGCAGUUUUAAAAAUUUUGGUUCCCAGGAAGAGGAAAUGCUAAUUAUGAGAUGAACAAAAAUAAGUAUGGAUGAAGUGAAGGAUGAACUGUGAUAUGAGAGACUUGCAACAAUUGAACAAUAAAGUGGAAUUUAAAUGUGA